AUGUUCCCAUUAACUGGAAAGACAGUCAUCUUUGAUCAUUUUCCUGAUCCUUCUGAUACAUGGGAAAUAACCGAAACAAUCGGCAAAGGAACUUACGGAAAAGUUUUUAAAGUAUUGAACAAGAAAAAUGGCCAAAAAGCAGCAGUCAAAAUUCUGGAUCCAGUUCACGACAUCGAUGAAGAGAUUGAAGCCGAGUAUAACAUUCUAAAAGCGCUUUCUGACCACCCUAAUGUGGUCAAAUUCUAUGGGAUUUACUUUAAGAAGGAUAAAAUAAAUGGAGAUAAGCUGUGGCUGGUCCUUGAGCUGUGUAAUGGCGGCUCAGUGACUGACCUUGUGAAAGGCUUUCUGAAGAAGGGAGAAAGAUUGAGCGAGCUUACAAUUGCCUAUAUUUUACAUGAAGCACUAAUGGGGCUUCAGCAUUUGCAUACCAACAAAACCAUCCACCGCGAUGUGAAAGGAAAUAACAUUCUGUUGACCACUGAGGGAGGAGUCAAGCUAGUAGAUUUUGGUGUGUCUGCACAGCUCCCCAGCACCCGGCACCGCCGCAGCACCUCUGUGGGGACCCCCUUCUGGAUGGCUCCGGAGGUGAUUGCGUGCGAGCAGCAGCUGGAUGCCACCUAUGACGCCAGAUGUGACACCUGGUCCCUGGGAAUCACGGCCAUCGAGCUGGCCGACGGAGACCCUCCACUGGCGGACCUGCACCCCAUGAGAGCGCUCUUCAAAAUACCAAGGAACCCACCCCCUCAGCUAAGGCAGCCCGAACUGUGGUCCGCAGAAUUCAGUGACUUCAUUAGCAAAUGUUUAACAAAAGAUUAUGAAAAGCGUCCAACAGUGUCGGAUCUUUUACAGCAUAAAUUUAUUACUCAAAUUGAUGGCAAAGAAGUAAUGUUACAAAAACAGCUAAUGGAAUUCAUUGAUAUCCACCGCUGUGCAGGAGGUGCGGAGAAGGCCAGGCACGAACGUGUUCAUACCAAGAAAAGUAACUUGAACAGAUCUUUAAUUUCCAUUCCCAAGGACGUAGAUGAUCUAGCCACCCUAGACAUUUUGGACGAGAACACAGUCUCAGAGCAGCUUGAGAAGUGUUACGCCCACGAUCAGAUCUACAUGUAUGUGGGAGAUAUACUCAUUGCUCUGAACCCUUUUCAGAGCCUGGGUCUGUAUUCCACAAAGCAUUCCAGACUAUAUAUGGGAGCAAAGAGAGCUGCUAACCCCCCUCACAUUUUUGCAAUGGCGGACUUAGGAUAUCAGUCCAUGGUCACUUAUAAUUCAGACCAGUGCAUCCUCAUUUCUGGAGAAAGUGGUGCUGGAAAGACUGAAAGUGCUCAUCUUUUAGUUCAGCAGCUGACGGUGCUUGGAAAGGCUAAUAACAGAACCCUACAAGAGAAGAUUUUACAAGCGAGCAAUUUGGUAGAAGCCUUCGGCAAUGCCUGCACCAUCAUAAACGACAAUUCUAGCCGGUUUGGGAAAUACUUAGAAAUGAAAUUUACCUCUUCUGGAACUGUGGUGGGUGCACUCAUUUCUGAAUAUCUUCUGGAGAAAUCCCGAGUUAUCCACCAAGCUACUGGAGAAAAAAACUUUCACAUUUUUUACUACAUUUAUGCUGGUUUAGCUGAAAAGAAGAAACUAGCCCUGUACAAGUUGCCCGAAAAUAAACCUCCCAGGUACCUCCAAAAUGACCACCUCAGAACAGUACAGGACAUGACGAGUAACAGGUUUUAUAAAUCCCAGUAUGAGUUGACUGAGCAGUGUUUCAAAGUCAUAGGCUUCACUAUGGAGCAACUGGGAAGUGUGUACAGUACACUUGCUGCAAUCCUGAAUGUUGGAAACAUCGAAUUUUCUUCCGUGGCAACAGAACACCAGAUUGACAAGAGCUACAUUUGCAAUCAUUCAGCACUGGAGAAUUCUGCUUCCUUGCUUUGCAUACAGGCGGCUGAGUUACAAGAAGCUCUCACCUCCCACUGCGUGGUCACCAGAGGAGAAACAAUUAUCCGACCCAACACUGCAGAAAAAGCCACCGACAUCAGAGACGCCGUGGCCAAAGCUCUGUAUGGGCGGCUCUUCAGUUGGAUCGUCAACCGCAUUAACAGUUUGCUGAAGCACGACCCACCGUCAAGUGGGAGCGGUGGUGAGCUGAGCAUUGGCAUUCUUGAUAUAUUUGGCUUUGAAAAUUUCAAAAAAAAUUCCUUUGAGCAGCUGUGCAUUAACAUUGCAAAUGAACAAAUUCAGUAUUAUUUUAACCAACAUGUGUUCGCCUGGGAACAGAAUGAAUAUCUCAAUGAAGAUGUUGAUGCUAGAGUAAUUGAAUAUGAAGAUAACCGCCCCCUCUUAGAUAUGUUUCUGCAGAAGCCAAUGGGCUUAUUGUCCUUACUGGAUGAAGAAAGUAGAUUUCCCAAGGCCACUGACCAGACUCUUAUAGAAAAAUUUGAAGGUAACCUAAAAUCACAGUACUUCUGGAGACCCAAAAGAAUGGAACUUAGUUUUGGAAUUUACCAUUAUGCAGGAAAGGUCCUCUACAACGCAAGUGGGUUCUUGGCUAAAAACAGAGACACCCUUCCAACUGAUAUCGUGCUGCUUCUGAGGUCAUCAGAAAACAGUGUGAUUCGGCAACUGGUCAGCCACCCUCUGACCAAAACAGGUAACCUGCCACUAUCCAAAACUAAAAAUAUAAUAAACUAUGAAAUGAAGACUUCAGAAAAAUCAGUGAACUUGACAAAGGAUGAAACCAGAGAAGCCACCCAUCAUGCCCUGGAAACAACCAAUAUGAAAACACAGACAGUGGCAUCGUAUUUUAGAUACUCCCUGAUGGACCUGUUGUCUAAAAUGGUGGCGGGCCAACCGCAUUUUGUCCGUUGCAUCAAACCAAAUAAUGAGCGUCAGGCGAGAAAGUAUGACAGAGAGAAGGUCCUGCUACAGCUUCGCUACACAGGAAUUCUGGAAACAGCAAGAAUUCGAAGGCUGGGAUACUCACACCGGAUACUUUUCGCCAACUUUAUAAAGCGGUACUACGUGCUCUGCUACAAGUCCAGCGAGGAGCCCCCUGUGAGCCCUGACACCUGUGCUGCCAUUCUGGAAAAAGCAGGUCUUGAUAACUGGGCUCUUGGAAAAACAAAAGUGUUCCUUAAAUAUUACCACGUGGAACAGUUAAAUCUAAUGCGAAAGGAAGCCAUUGACAAGCUCAUCCUAAUUCAAGCCUAUGUGAGGGCAUUCUUGGGUUCAAGAAGAUACCAAAAACUCCAGCAGAAAAGGAAAGAAAGUGCUAUAAUCCUACAGUCAGCUGCAAGAGGGCACCUGGUCAGGAAACAAAGAAAAGAAAUUUACAUGGAAAACACAACAGUAGAAACCCUUCAGACUUAUGGAAAGGAAUUUGCCCACAAGACAAUCUUUGAAAAUAAAAGGAACUCUGUUGUGAAGAAACAAACAGAAAGUGUGGUGUCUGCCAAUGAACCAAGCAUUCCAGCUCCAAAUAAUAAAGGGGGUCUAUGCAUAGGACAGAUGUCUGCCUGUAGAAGAGAAGGAGAAGCCACUAAGGGUGUGGAAAGUAAGCACAGAGGAUGUCGAUCUCACAAGCCAAUGAAUGACAGGUCUGGAGAAGAAGUCAGUCAAGACCUGUAUCUCAUGGGGGACUCUUGGGCAGAUCCAAGUCCCAAGCAGAAGCAUGUCAACAACCUGGAAGAGAAUGGUAAUCUAAGGAAAGCAGAGAAAGAGGACACCACGGUGCCAAGUUACUCUCAGAGGCGCAUAGAGGAAAGGAGUUUGGAGGAAUCCAAAGCAGCAUGUCCAGAGAGGAAGAACACUUUGGACAGGCCAAGCUACCCAGGGCCUUGGUUAGUUGAGAGUGAGACUUCUUUGAAAAAAAGCUUGAAACCUAGUCUUAGCCAAAGAUUGGUUGCUCAAAAUACAAACAGCAAGGAACACAAAAAGAAGACAUGUGUAGAUACCCAGAAUGCACCCACAUGUAACCAGGAGAGAGGCCAUGCAAGACUCACGGGCCCAGUGCUGCCAGCCCAGGAGGGAGAAGACGAAGCUGCCAAGUUCAUCCAGAGCCAAUAUCGUGGUUUCAAGCAAAGGCAACAGUUGAGGAAGGAUGGAGAGUCUCCUUCCUUUAAGGAUCAAAGGGCUCUUGCCACAGCAGCAGAUGUAACAAAAAAUGCUCACAAUGUGUGUUUCUGUCCUGCAAAACAUGCGGGAAUCUGCAAUAGCAAAGUAAAGUAUGACAGAAAUCCAAAAGCAACUUCAGAAAAAAAAGCAUGGGAUUUGGCAAUUUUUUCAAAGCAGAUAUCAAAGUUAUCUGAAGAAUAUUUCAUCCUGCAGAAAAAAUUGAAUGAAAUGAUCCUGGCACAGCAACUGAAGCCACUUCACCUGGGCGUCUAUCCCCACCAGCCAGUCAGGAGGCGGGCUUUCUCUCCACGGUGCUCCUCAGGUAUCUCCAAAGGAGAAGAGCCAAAGCUUUUGCGACCCCCAAGAAGACCGCGGAAACCCAAAACAUUAAAUAACCCUGAAGAUUCCACAUACUACUACCUACUCCACAAGUCAAUCCAGGAAGAAAAACGAAGACCAAGGAAAGACAGUCAGGGAAAAUUAUUAGACUUGGAAGAUUUCUAUUAUAAGGAGUUUCUGCCCAGACACACUGGACCAGAGGACCAUCACCCUAGUUCAACAGAGCAAAGGUCACAGCGGGAGCUCCAGAACCCGAGCUUCAAAGCUGAUGAAAGGUGCAGCGGAGCCUGGAGCCCCGAGGAGGAGGCAUGCGGGCCGGCCAGCCCCUACGACUACCGGAGGUUCCUGCGCAAAACCUCCCAGCGCCGGCGCCUGGUCCAGCAGUUGUCGCCCAGCCCCUGAGCAGCCACCGUCUGAAUCUCCGGAGCCCAAGGGGCCACGGCCACCAGAGCGAUGGAGCUGAGACCUCACCUGCCCCUUCCGAGGCCGAGCCAUCCAGGGCUGCGCAGAGCUCAGAGCCCUCAGGGGCUCCGGCCCGCCCUGGGACCCUACUCUCCUCUCUCCCCAGCCGGGGGGAAGGAAGAGGGCAGCUUCGCCCCAGGUUCCCUACAGCGUCUUUUUGCUCUUUUGUUUGCAACAGCAGAGGACACCCCUGCAUCUAAGCUGUCGCUGCCCCCCUCUUUGGUUGACUUCGAAGACAUCUGCCUUUUGCAAGCAGACUUCCCAGAGCUACGGCGCCCUCCAGGGUGGGUUGAGCCUGCUAGGGCCGAGCCCGGCGAGGCGGGAGAACGUUGAGGAUGAGGCUCACCUCAGACUCCAGCUUUCCCUUUUCCUGGUUGUUAAGGUUGUCAAUAAAGUCAGAGCCCUGAAGAGCGUAGCUUGCACACUC